AUGUCUCUCCAUCUUGGUCACAACCUGCUCUUGGUUAACCUUGGCAUAUCUGUGCGUGAUACAACUUUCUGUCAUUUGCUCUCUAGCUUCGGACUUCCCCCAGAACCUCAGUCCCCAUCCCAGAACAUAGAUAUACUCGACAAGCACUGGCACCCAAACAAAGACCGCGACGAUCUGACCGUACCAAAAGAAUCUAAUGCCGUAGUAGGAGUCAAACAGGGCGUAAGCUGCAAGCAAGGAGGCCGCAAGACUCCCCCAAGAGACCUUCGCCCUCUGGCUGUACAGGAAACCGCAGAGAUGUGA